GCUGUACAUUCAUGGACAGACAGGGGCGGACUGACCAUUUGGAAACUCGGGCACUGCCCGAGGGCCCGGGGUCAGUAGGGGGCCCCAUGAGAUGCCCCUGGUACCUUUUUCAUAGGCUUUUUUGGGCAAGGACACAGGGGCCCCAUGAUCCCUUAUUGCCCUGGGGCCCCAUGAGUUGUCAGUCUGCCCCUGUGGACAGUAAAGAAAAUCCCAAAUUUUUGGUUGUCUCCAUAAAAUUAAUAAAGGGGAAAUUUUCCAAUGGGGACACUAGUUCUAAUGACCUGGGGGUUUGCAGGGAUUUCUUCUAACUUCCUGUUUUGGCUAUGGGACAGGAAGUGACGGGAAAUUUCUGCAAUGAAAAA